AGUUCUGAAGCUCCUGUUGCUUCAGACAAUGGAUGACCAAUCACAAGGAAUGCAAGGGCCACCUGUUCCCCAGUUCCAGCCACAGAAGGCCUUACGACCGGAUAUGGGCUAUAAUACAUUAGCCAACUUUCGAAUAGAAAAGAAAAUUGGUCGCGGGCAAUUUAGUGAAGUUUAUAGAGCAACCUGUCUCUUGAAUGGAGUAGCAGUAGCUUUAAAAAAAGUGCAGAUAUUUGAUUUAAUGGAUGCCAAAGCACGUGCUGAUUGUAUCAAAGAAAUUGAUCUCCUUGAGCAACUCAACCACCCAAAUGUAAUUAAAUAUUAUGCAUCAUUCAUUGAAGAUAAUGAACUUAACAUAGUUUUGGAAUUAGCUGAUGCUGGUGAUCUAUCCAGAAUGAUAAAGCAUUUUAAGAAACAAAAGAGGCUAAUUCCUGAAAGGACUGUUUGGAAGUACUUUGUUCAACUCUGCAGUGCAUUGGACCAUAUGCAUUCUCGACGAGUCAUGCAUAGAGAUAUAAAACCGGCGAAUGUGUUCAUUACAGCCACUGGAGUGGUCAAACUUGGCGAUCUUGGGCUUGGUCGGUUUUUCAGCUCUAAAACCACAGCCGCACAUUCUUUAGUGGGUACACCUUAUUACAUGUCUCCAGAGAGAAUCCAUGAAAAUGGAUACAACUUCAAAUCUGACAUCUGGUCUCUUGGCUGUCUACUGUAUGAGAUGGCUGCGUUACAGAGUCCUUUCUAUGGUGACAAAAUGAAUUUGUACUCGCUGUGUAAGAAGAUAGAACAAUGUGACUACCCACCUCUUCCUUCAGAUCACUAUUCAGAGGAACUACGGCAGUUAGUGAAUAUGUGCAUCAACCCAGAUCCAGAGAAGCGACCAGACAUUGCCUACGUAUACAACGUAGCGAAGAGGAUGCACGCGUGCACCACAAGCAGCUAAAUACGUGACGAUCAUGAAGAACACAACCAAAAUGAUUUAAAGUAUUUUCGUGCAGAUCAUACCUCCCCGCUUCUGUCUGGGUGUUAAGAUUAAGAUUUCAGAGCGAAUGUGCUUUGACUCCUUAACCAGUUUUCAUGUAAGCUUCAUUUUGUACCUGUCUCAGUCACCUUGCAAACCCCACAUGACUUUGGAGAGUCGAAUUGCAUGUUAGGAGAGAAGAUGAAACUUCAUGGGUUUUACUAGCGAAGGGUCUUUAGAAUUAUUUAGAGGGUUUUUUUUUGUGUGUUUGUUUUUUUGUUUGUUUGUUUGUUUUUUCAGAUAAACUGUGUUCAGAUAGGCUCUCAGUGCCAAAUACGGAAGGUGGGGCCUGGCACUCAUCAAGAUAGACUCGUAGCCUGAGGAAAAGUAUCUGGACAUGUGACUUGUUUGCUUUUUCAUCAUUUAUGGACAUCGGAGAUUAACACAAUUGUGAACUUUUGUGAUUCUUUUAUUUUUAAAAGUUUGAAGUAUUUGUUUUAGUUCUUAGCAUUGUAGUUUUCAGAUACCAUCCUUAAGAUAAAUGUAGACAUAAACUGAAAAACACUUAAAAUUCUUAGCUUAUUAUAACUUUCAAAAUGCAACUAAAUGUGAAAAAAUUGGGGGAAAAAUGUGAGUCAGACACUGAAGAGUUCUUUGCUUUAUUUUGUUUUGUUUUAAUAUCUUUGAUAUUCUCUUUGCAUUAAAGUGGUAUAAAUGAAUCCAUUUAAAAAGUGGUUAAGGAUUUCUUUGGCUGGUGUGAGAGUAAUUUUGGAAGUUGCACAUUGCCCAAGCUUUUUCUGUUUUUACUAUUGUUUGUACAUUUGAAAAAUCUUCUUUGAAUAAUCUUGCAGUACUAUAUUUCAAGUUCUUUAUAAAUUUAAAUACUCUCUUCAUAAUUUGUACACUAUAGGUGUAAGCAUAUGUUUUUAUUCAUAGAUUUUAUUGAAGUUCUGAUUGGUCCCCUUCAGAAAUUUUUUUUGUCUUCUUCAAGUUACUUAUUUAUAUUGUACGUGCAUUUUAUCCAUUAUGUGUCAGAUCUUCUGAGAACAUAAUGCCCUUUAAAAAAAAUUGGUAUUCCAAUACUUUUUCUGGAAUAAAAACAUUAUUUUUUUUAACUUUUUAAAAUUUGGGUCACCUUGUUUGCGUGUAAUUUUGUCUUGUUAGAGAGGAAGAAAGGAUGUAUGUUGUACUGUACCUGUGAAUGUUGACACCGUUUUGAUUCAUUUGACAAGGUUGUAAUUUUAGAAAUAUGUUUAAAGCAAUGAAAACUGGCCAUUACCACAGCCAGAAUUUUUAUGAGAUUAACAUUUCUGUUGAGAAGCUUCUAAGCAAAGUACUGUAUUCAUGCAUGAAGAGGACAGAGAUGGUAAUGCUUCAUUUAGUUUAAGGAAACGGGCAGAGUUCAGUAAACGCCAUUGUGGAGAUCUGAUUUCCCUGAAUACCUUCAUGUUAGCGGUGACCAGUUCACCACAGAACUGUGGAAGCCCAGAGGCCGAGUAGCGGACACGUUCAAGGACAUCCCGCCGCCUUCCAACCCUGGGAUGGAUAAUCCUGCCGACGUGAAAACCUCAUGUCCAGAGAACACCUCCUUUUAGCCGAUGCAACUGCUAGUUUUGUUUUCUCAUCGAAGUUUUUUGUACAAUCAUUUGAAUAUUUUCCAGUCAUUUGUAAACUUUAAAAGUGGUGUAUAAAGGGCAAAAGCAUAAACUUUUUUCCUUCCCAGAAUCGAAUUAGUUAUGGUUUCUGAAGGGUAAUUUUAUCUUGGGAGAGACAAAGGUCACAUGGGUGGUCAUUUAAAUGAGGGCAGGAUACAUUGUUUCUCCCAGAUUGCCGUUACUUACAACUCCACACGGAGCAUCCAGACCUGCCUCCAGAAGUAGGAGUAGAAUUAUUUUUGUUGACCAUUAGUGUCCUGUUCAUUUUCUUGUCCAUAGCUGAUUGAGAGGAAAUUGUUCUGUAAUUGGAAGAUACUCUCCUUUUUCUUGUAAUCUUUAAAAAUACAUGAAUCUAAAAUUCAUUAGCUUAACCCCUCACAGUGACUUUUAAGCAAAGAUUUAAGCUUUUCUUUUCAGUGAAUCUCUCUGCGAGGAGGAAGUAGCUGGGAAGAAUUUAAUGAUCAGGGAAAUCCAUUAUUAUUUUCUACAUGUGGAAACUUUUUGUUUUGGAUAUCGUAUCUUUUUUUUAAUCUACAUGUUCAUAUUUUUUCCUGAAGAAACCACUGCGUAAAAAACAAAUCUUAGUUUGGAAUGAGUCCAUUUCAAAGAAUUAUGAAGAUUUGAUUAGAGGUUUUAAUUUUUAUAAUCACUUAUAAAAUAUUCUCUUUAUAUUUCUGUUGACAAGUAAAUUUUGUACUAAGUAAAACAUUUGCGUUGAGAAAGAUUAAAAUGAAAGGCACAUAUGAUUCUAAACCUUAGACCCUGGUACCAGUUUCCCAGAGGGAAACGGGGGGAACCGUGUUUUGUACGGUGAGGUUUAGGACUGGUGGGUGAAGGAUAUCCCCAUAUACAUAAAGUGCUCAACGAUGUGCAAUGAUUGUAAAUUUAGUAAGAUGUUACCGCCAUUUCAUGAACGCUUUACCAUUCUACAUAGUAUCUAUUACAAAACACCUCCUUGUAUCAAUAUACUUCAGGUGUUGCUGUUAACAUUUACAUGCUAUUUAUUUUAACCAAAAUGUUAUUCAUAUUAAAUGUUCUUUUCCUUUAAAAUGAAUGUAUUAUGUUCAUAACCCACAAAAGCGUAAUUAUCCUAUAUCUCAUAUUUCAAUAGUACUGUAAUAUGGACUUCUUUUGUGAAAUACUUUUAUUUUGUUAUGCUUCAAACACACAUACUAAAGAGAGUCUGUUGUUAGCCUUGAAAAUUGUAUAAUAUCCUAAAAUAAAUAAAAAUAUAAAAUUAAAAACUGA